CGGCCUUGGGCAACUCUCGUGUUGUCAGUCAGUCAAAAUGGAGCUUUAUCUGGAUCUUCGCUCUCAGCCCUGCCGCUCCGUCUUCAUGUUUGCCAGGGUCAAUGCCAUUCCCUUUGAAUUCAAGCUGGUGGACCUGGCAAAAGGGGAGCAGUACAGCGAGGAGUUCAGUAAGAUCAGCCCCGUAAGAAAAGUUCCAGUAAUGAAGGAUGGGGACUUUGUUCUGACAGAAAGUGUGGCCAUCCUUCAGUACCUGGCUGAGAAGCAUGCAUCCCGUCUCCCUGACCACUGGUACCCGGCUGACCUACGGCAGCGCGCGCGAGUCAAUGAGUAUCUAUCCUGGCAGCAGAUGAACCUGCGAGCCCAUGGGUCAAAGGUCUUCCUGCUCAAGAACAUGUACCCGGUGGUAAUGGGACAGGAAGUCCCUGGGGACAAGAUGUCAUCGGCCGUUGGAGAGCUGACCCAGUCUGUGGACACCUUGGAGAAGCAUUUCCUCGGUGAACGUUUGUUCCUGUGUGGCCCCUCAAUCUCUCUGGCUGACCUGGUGGCCGUGGCUGAGAUCAUGCAGCCGGUGAGCAGCGGCGUGGACGUGUUUUCGGGGCGUCCCAAGCUGUCAGCGUGGCGCGACCGCGUGAAAGAGGUGGUUGGCGCUGCGCUGUUUGACGAGGCCAACGCAGCUAUCAUGAUCCCUGGCGGUACGGCGCAGGCGCUUCGCGAAGUAGCACUGCCGGAUUCCUUGAAGGACAGAUACAAGAAACUGUUCAUGUGAAAUGUCAAUAAAAGCAUAAAAAGGUAGCCUACUUUUUUUUUUUUAAUUUAAAGAAGCAUGUAAAUCAUGCAAACACAAGGUGACGCUGUUUCAUGUGUGAAUAUGCGUCAAUCAUCGUUUAACUUGUUAAACCGUUGCUGUCAUUGUGUGUAAGUCAGCAGCUUGAGCGGAUUUGGGUGGACUCACUCAAUG